AUCAACGAGCUACGCAAAAAGGUAAGACAUUGACCUUCAAUCGUUGUUCAGGUAGGACAUGCAACUUUCUCUACAUCCUGGGGUGGCAUGAUACCAUUGCAUGAGCAGACGGAAGCGAGACAUCCGGGCUCGGACCGAGCUACCUGGAUAGUUGCAUCAUAUGUUUCUAUUCCUUCCCUCCCCUCUUUCCCCUCACUCUCUUUGCCUUCAUGACCUCUGCCAAACUCACCAUUCAACAUACAGUAUCUCAAUCAACAAUACGCAUACAAUACAAUGGCAUCACCACGGAUACUUCUCCUUGGCGGCCACGGCAAGGUGUCCCUCCUCAUGACUCCCAAGCUUCUCUCCCGCUCCUGGAACGUCACCUCCGUAAUCCGAAACCCAGACCAAAAAGCCGAUAUCCUCGAAGCGGGUAAGAAUGGACCUGGGAAGAUUGAUGUUUUGGUAGAGAGCUUGGAGGAUGUGAAAAGCGAUGCACAGGCAAAGGCUAUCCUGGAGAAGACAAAGGCGGAGUGGGUUAUUUGGAGCGCUGGAGCCGGAGGGAAAGGAGGCCCUUCGCGUACGAAUGCAAUUGAUAGAGACGCAUGCAUCCACUUCAUCCGUGCCUCCCUCUCUUCAUCCACCAUCACUAAAUUUCUCAUUAUAUCUGCUUUAUCCUCUCGCAGAGAUCGUGCAGCAUGGUGGGAUGACGAAAGCUGGGCCAUGGCACGGAAAUUCAACGAGGAGAUUGCGCCCACAUAUUAUAAGGCCAAGCUUGCGGCGGACGAGACACUCACAGUGCUUGGGGAACAAAAGAAGGGCUUCGGGUAUAUCAUACUUAGGCCAGGGGGCUUGACGGAUGAUAAGGAGGUUGGGAAGAUCAGCUUUGGCAGAACGAAAGCGAGGGGGAUGGUGACGAGGGGAGAUGUUGCGGAGGUGGCGGGUAAGUUGCUUGAGAAGGAGGGUGUGAGGGGUUGGUUUGAUCUACUUGGUGGGGAGGAGGAGACGGACGCUGCGGUGAAGAGGGUGCUGAGCGAAGGGGUCAAUAGUAUGGAAGGGGAGGAUUUGGAGGCUAUGAAGAAGGACGUGACACCUUUGUGAGGUAUUUUAUGGCCAUGAAAAGAUUGUCAUUUUGCAUAUUGACGAGUCGACUCUUGUGUGAUGUAUUUGGAGCAUGGGUGGGUACUCUUUUAUUAGAUUAAAACAUUGCAAGUGCACAGAAUUGUCGGUGGAAAUGAAUUUCUCACUGAAUCUGGAAAUCAAACCCUG